UAGUAGAACUAUCUGACACUCUGAUUCGGUUCAUUCAUGCCACACCUAAAACACCAAAAUAUCAAAAUACCAAAAUAUAGUCGGACACGUCCCAAAUCACCGAACAUAAAAGGCACAGACCUCUGUGCUUGAGAUAACUUAUUGAUCACUAGGAAGUUUUUUUUAAAAGGUUGAUCGCUUUCCUGAACAUAACCUGUCAUGUGAAGGUCAGCUGCAUAAGUUACUAUGGUGAUAUAUCUGUGAAGUGAACCACCUCCUAAAAUCUAUAAUAACUACAAAUCCUGCUUUGAAGUAAAGACAUUCAUGUGUAUGAGUGUUUCAACUCACUGGUGGUGUGUGUGGUCACAGUGUUUUAGUUUAAUAUUUGAACAGGGGUGCGGGGUUACUUUGUUAUCAUUGGGUACUGUUGAGAUGUGGAACCAAAGAGCAGUCACAUUACAUGUGUAAUGUAAAUUACAAAAUGCUGCAUUAGAUGUAUAGAAUGUUAAAGAGUGUUAUCAAUGUCCUUACGUAACAUUACAACAAAGGCUUUCUGACCCACAUACCUGUAGUGCUCAAUGUAAAAACCUUCAGAUUGUUUUUCUGUUUGAAGUGUGAAAUUAAUUGACUUGACUUUGUCUUGCAGAACAGUUGACCAGUUGCUAAUGGGAUCGUAUCCACACUUGUUGCCACAUACCCAUAACUGUCUCCAUGGAGCUCAUCCAGGCCACCCAAGUGUCCUUGUUGUCCCAGGUUACCCCUUCAGCAGCAUGGAACAACUACUCCAAUCCCCCAUUCACCCAUUUCCUGCCCCUCUCCACUCCAUCUGAACAGCUUCUGGACUUCAGCGAAAGUGACGGCUCCUUGCUCUUUAACGACACUUGCCAUAACUGCACCAAACCUGAACCAGAGUCACUCCCUGGCUUGGCUGGGAUCUUCAUCCCUCUCAUCUAUGGGAUAGUGUGUGUAGUAGGCCUGGUGGGCAACACUCUGGUCAUCCAUGUGAUUGUAAACUACACCAAGAAUGAGUCAGUCACCAACAUCUACAUCCUGAACUUAGCCAUUGCAGACGAGCUCUUCAUGCUGGGCCUUCCUUUCUUGGCAGUGCAGAACGCUCUCCUCUUUUGGCCCUUUGGCUCGCUGAUGUGUCGAGUGGUCAUGACAGUGGAUGCCUUCAACCAGUUCACUAGCAUCUUCUGUCUGACUGUGAUGUCAGUGGACCGCUAUCUGGCUGUGGUGCACCCAAUUCGCUCCUUCUGGUGGAGGCGCCCCCGAGUGGCCAAGGCCAUCAGUGCCACAGUUUGGGCAGGGUCCUUUGUGGUGGUGCUGCCGGUGGUGGUGUUUGCCGACGUGCUGAAGGAUGAUGGGAACUGCAGCAUUGUGUGGCCCGAGCCUGCAGAAGUGUGGAAGACAUCUUUCAUCGUGUACACGUGCACUGUGGGAUUCUUCUGCCCCCUGCUGGUCAUCUGCUUGUGCUACCUGUUGAUCGUCAUCAAGGUGCGCAGUGUUGGAAAACGAGCGCAGGCCACAUCUUCUCGCCGCAGAAAGUCAGAGCGCAAAAUCACCAGGAUGGUUGUAGUUGUGGUCGCAGUGUUUGUCCUUUGCUGGCUGCCGUUUUAUGCUCUGAACAUCGUCAACCUCCAGGUGGUCCUGCCUGGGGACUUCAGGGGGCUCUACUUUUUUGUUGUUGUGCUCUCCUAUGCGAACAGCUGUGCAAACCCAAUACUGUAUGGUUUUCUGUCUGACAACUUCAAGAGAGGCUUCAGGAAGGCCCUGUGCUGCAAUUCACGUCAUGUUAAGAACAGCAACAGGGCUGCAACUGAGGUGCAUAGACCAACAGAGGAGUGGGGUGGUAUUGCUCUCCAAGUGCUAAAAAGGGAAGGAGUCAUAGAUGUGCAUGGAAAAGACGGAGGUGAAAAGGUGGAAGAGGGGGAAAUCACUGGAACAGAAAAGGCCAUACAGAUGAGUGAAAUAUCCAAAACGUCCCAAAACGGAAACCACCAUGGAGUAACCAAGGGUUCAAAGACACAGGUUGUGCAAAGGGCCAAGUGUGAGCCAGAACACUCUGGACAGAUUGACAAACACGGAGACCUGGCUGAUGAAGGCCCAGACUUUGAUCCUGCAGAGGCAGUGUCCUCUUCGGCAAACAAAAGUAGAAAUAGGUCACAACCUGAAGAACUCCCAGACAAAAACUCUGUGUUGGAAAUCAGCUAUCUGUAACAGCUGAUGAACUAUUAUCAGGUUCUUUUGUUAUUUGUCCUUUGCGUAUUAUUUAAAAAAUAUAUUGUUUUAAAUAUUACAAACAACUGUUGCGUAGUAAUGAUGGUUUAGAUUUAGAUCAUUUGUGGAGACCGUUUUUAUUAGAGGUUGUGGUGAGAUUUGUUUGUUUUUUGCCAUGGUUUUUAGAAAAGGAAAACUGGCUGUCAUGAUGUUGCUUAUGUUGAAGCUAAUAUAAAAAGAACAUAUACGUAUUAAUACAUGCAUUGCUUGGAAAAACAGCAAAGGAAAAUGCCUGCAAGUAUUAUUUGUAAGUCAAAGAAAUAGAGGAACACUGGUGUUUGAUAGACAACUUUUUGGAAGAGUGAAAUUAUUUUUGCAAACUCAAAUUCUGGAGCCUUUCAAUGGACAAAGCCCAAAAACAUGAUCAAAGAUUUCUUUAUCAUUCUUCUACAUCAAGGAUGAUCUUUUAUUUGUUCCUU